AUGACUGCCUAUUUUCGGGGUCACCUGAUUCUCCGGCACGACAAUGAUGGGACCCUGCCUGCUGCCGCCGACUGCGCAUCAUCAAGGCAGACUGCGCUUAGCCCGCGAGAAGUUCGGGCUCUGCGACGCAAGGAGAAAUCUCGCCUAGCAGCCAAAGUACGUCGAAACAGGGAGAGCAAUAUUCUCUCUCAGCUGAUGCACGCCCUACCCGUACCCUUGGAUGCGCCAUCAGCUACGUCGGCCAGCUCUCGUCUCAAGUCCGAGGACUCGACGACGGCGGCGCCUUGUAUCAGUGGCGUUGGUCUGGAGAAGUCGGGGGUCAUUCGCAUCGCGGGUCAGACUCUGUUUCUUUACAACAGUUUAUCACAAAUUCUGGGAACCCAGUCGACCCCACUGAUAAGCCUCCUCAGUCGCUCCAUCUAUGGCCUUUUUGUGCAUCCCAGGAACCUCACUAUCGCCUACUUGACCCCGCCUCUCGCAGAAGCACUUGGUUGGCCUUGG